AUGAGGAUAUUCCUCCAGUUUCGCGGUUUCCGCUCGACUUGUGGCAAAACUCCACAGCUGUUCGCCCGCAUCAAUCCGCCGCCGAGCCGCCGCUUUACACGACCGUCAUGUCCGCAACAUCCAGCCCAAGGCCGUCAAAGGGAGUUUCCAAGAACUGGAAUAGCUCUCUGUGCAGCGCUUGCCCCCGGUGCUUUUGUCAAAUUGGCGGAUGCAAAAGAUGACGAUAAAACUGGGGAAAAACUGAUGUUAGACGCUUCGCGCCAGGAGAUCAGAGAAGAUAUCCUCGAAAAGACAGAGGAACGGUUAGGACUCGGGGGGCCUGUACUGGCAUAUUGGGUACAUUAUAUCUACGACACGAUAGCUACCGGUUUCCGUUUCCUCCAUCUAGUCGUCAUUUUCCUACCGGUCAUCCUGACGGCGCCUACAAUAUGGAUCGGAAAGCGCAUUCAAGACCAGGAUGGGGCCCGAACAGGUACCUUGUGGUGGUACAGCUUUCUUGUCAGAGCAAUGGAGCGCGCGGGCCCUGCUUUCAUCAAGCUUGGACAAUGGGCCGCAUCACGUACUGACAUUUUCCCUCCACAAAUGUGCAACAUCAUGUCGUCAUUACACUCCCAUGCUCCUGCCCACUCAUUGCAGGAGACUAAGCGGAUAAUAUGCAAAGCGUUUGAUGGAAUGCCCUUUGAAGAUAUCUUUGAAGAAUUCAAUGAGCAGCCACUCGGGGUUGGCGCCAUCGCCCAAGUGUACAAAGCGAAACUGAAACCGAAUCUUGCCAACCUUUCAGAUAAUCAACUUACAUCUGAACCUCAAAACCCAGGAGGCAAGUUCAGAAAGAACGUCGACGCCUUGGUUAAGAGCAGCCCCCGGCGAGUCCCGUCAUCAUACGUUGCAGUCAAAGUACUCCAUCCCCGCGUUGAGCGCUUGAUCCGCAGAGACCUGCGUAUUAUGUAUUUCUUUGCUUCAUUAAUCAAUGCAAUCCCAACCAUGCAUUGGCUUUCCUUCCCUGAUGAGGUCGCUCAGUUCGGGGAGAUGAUGAAGCUACAGCUCGAUCUUCGAAUAGAGGCCACAAAUCUCAAAGUCUUCCGCGAGAAGUUCAGGUCCCGUACCACAGCCUGGUUUCCCUAUCCAUACUUGGAUUAUAGUACUCGUGAAGUCCUCAUCGAGGAAUUCGCGCAGGGUAUACCUUUGUCGACAUUCCUAGAAAAGGGAGGAGGGGUAUACCAGCAUGAAAUCGCAAACGAAGGCCUCGAUGCCUUUCUGCAUAUGCUUUUACUCGACAAUUUUGUGCAUGCAGACUUGCACCCCGGCAACAUUAUGGUCCGUUUCUAUCAGCCAAGCGAGCUUGAUUUGUCUCUUCGCAAGAAAACCCGCGCAGACGAAGCACCAACUACAAAAGAGGUUGAUGUGGCGGACGCCGUACUUGCGCGGCUGCGGCCACAUGCAGAUGAUCCGCGCGAAUGGGAAAAGGCUCUGAACGAGCUCAAUGCCGAGGGUUACAGGCCGCAACUCAUCUUCAUUGACACUGGUUUAGUGACACAACUAAAUGAGAUCAAUCGUGCAAACUUCCUUGCCCUCUUCCGAGCGGUCGCCGAAUUCGACGGCCACCGCGCGGGUGAACUCAUGGUUGAGCGGUGUCGUCAACCUGAGGAAGUCAUCGACCCAGACAUCUUUGCACUGAGGAUGCAACAUCUCGUCCUGGGCGUCAAGUCGCGGACAUUUGCGCUAGGGAAUAUCAAGAUUGGUGACGUUCUUAGCGAAGUGUUAUCCAUGGUCCGGCGUCAUCAUGUUCGCCUAGAAGGAGACUUUGUCAACGUCGUCAUCUCAAUACUCCUCCUCGAAGGCAUCGGCCGCAGUAUGGAUCCUGAUCUAGAUCUCUUCAAGAGAAUCCUUUUUUGUAUUGACACUUUUUCCAGUGCCCUUCCAAUCUUGCGGAAACUCGGUUCCAACGCCACUUUCUUAAAGACUGUUCGGUCGGGCGACACCUCGAUGCUUCGUGUUUGGGUCGGUCUAGAAGCCCGUGGCUUACUUAGGGCGAGCAUUGAGAGUGUGGAGAAUUGUGUAAAGUAUGAUCAAUUGUCGCCUAAUGUCUAG